AUGGCAUUUCCACUGAACGAUCAGAUUUAUACAAAAUCUUUUACACCUAGAGAGUAUCAAGUAGAGCUAUUCUAUGCUGCUAGAAAUAAGAAUAUCAUUGUUUGCCUAGGAAAAACUUAUGAACAAACUUUCAUUGUUAUUAAAUUAAUUCAAGAAUUUGCUGCGAACAAUAGAAGGUUACUAAGUGAAGGAGGAAAACGAUCAUUAUAUAUAUUAACAGAUGAAGAAAAAUGUACUAUAAAAUCAAGUUAUAUACAACAGUUAACAGAUUUAAAAGUAUUACUAUGCAGUACUUGUUCAUCCAGUGAAUUUGAAGAAACAUUUGAGACUUCUCAUGUGUUGGUUUUAACAUCAGAAACAUGUACAGAAUUAUUAGCAGAGAAAAAGAUCUUACCCCAUCAGAUAAAUCUAGUCAUAGUUGAUGAGUGCCAUAAAUUUAUAAAUGAUAAGAAAUUAAAAUUUAUUUUACAAACUUUUCUAUCUUGUUCCAAUGUUCCUAGAAUUAUUGGAUUAGCUGUACCAUUAUUUAAUUUAACACAAGAAGCUGGGAGACUAGGAUUAGAAAUAGAAAAGGUAGAAGCUACAUUUAAAUGUGAAGUCGAAACAGCUAGUGAUAUAUUAUCUAUAUUAAGGUAUAGUCCUAAGGCUAAAGAAUAUGUAGUGGAAUAUUCCAAUGGUGAGAAAGGAGAAUUGCACAGUACUAUUAGAAAUUAUAUAUUACAUGCCAUUGAAUUUUUACGCGAUCAUCGUCAUGACCCAACAGAAAUUUAUAACGAAGAGUUUUACGAGGAUAUUCAGAAAAUACCUGAUCCUACAGAAAAACCUUUUGAAAUGAUGCAAGACUUUUUGCACAUAUUAGAAACUCUUGGACCAUGGUGUGCAGACCGUGCCGCACUUGCUCUUUUAAUCUUAACCGAAAAAUUGAAAAUAAAAACCCCAUAUGAAAGGCAUUAUUUAUUAUUAAACAUGGUUGCGUCAGUUUUUAUUAAAAUAAGAGCACUGUGCGAUAACGCAUUCGAAGCUUUAUCUGAAAAAGAGAGGGUAUAUAAAUACACUACACCGAAAGUCCAUAGAUUACUACAAAUUUUGAAAACAUAUACACCGUAUUACACCAAGGAUAACAAUAAUUCUCAUAAUAAAAUAAAUGGCGAAAAUAGUUCUCAAAGAUUAACUGUAAAUAAUAGAGAAAAUUUUAUUAGGGAUAAAUUUAAUCAAACUAAGAAAGCUAAUGAAGAGAAUCAUAAGAAACCAUUUAAAUUUCAACGACAUAUGCGCGGAGCUACAGAUCCGGAUUUACUUUGCGGAGUAAUUUUUGUAGAUAAAGGAUUUGUAGCAAAAGUUCUGUUUUAUUUAUUGAACGAAAUAUCUGCGCACGAUGAAGAUUUAGAAUUUUUAUCGCCUCUUUACACGAUUGAAAGAAAUACUGAUGAUGUUAGUUAUUCAAAAGAUUUAGAAAUAGAGCACAAAAAGCAGGAAGAAGUUUUGAAAAAAUUUAGAAUACACGAAUGUAAUUUAUUGAUUUCAACUUCAAUUUUAGAAGAAGGUAUAGAUAUUCCGAAAUGUAACUUUGUAAUGAGAUACGAUUUUCCAAAAACUUACCAAUCCUAUGUACAGUGUAAAAGUCGAGCUAGAGCAAUAGAUGCCUUACACGUAUUAUUAGUACCAAAAGAAACGUCAAAGGAGUGCAUAUGGCAAUUAGCACAAUAUCAUUAUAUAGAAAAGACUUUGUUAAUAAAAUGUUCUAAUAACGAACCAUCUGAAGACGAAGAAAAUGAAGCAGACAUGUACGCUGCUAUGAUACCACACUAUAAACCACUCAGUGGAGAUGAUGCACCUAAAGUAACGUUUAAUUCUGCUAUAUCAUUGGUAAACAGGUACUGUGCUAAAUUACCUAGCGAUACUUUUACAAGAUUAACUCCAGAGUGGUCUAUCGAACCGGUGAUUGUAGACAAUAUGCCUAUGUACAUUUGUUCUUUGCGUUUACCUAUAAAUUCUCCAGUAAAGUAUGCAGUAUCGUCAUAUCCUAUGCCUAAUAGAGCUAUGGCAAGACGAAUGGCUGCUUUGCAGUUAUGCAUCGAUUUACACAGAAAAAAUGAAAUAGAUGAUAAUUUAUUACCUAUUGGAAAGGAGAAUUUCAAAGCUAAACCAGAAGAUGCCGAAGUACCUGCUUUACCAGAUGAAAUUAAAAUAGACUUCUCUGAAGCUCGACCUGGAACAACUAAACGUAGACAAUAUUAUUAUAAAAAGACAGCAAACGCAUUAACAGACUGUAGACCAAUAGUUGGAGUUCCUUCUUAUCUGUAUCAUAUUAACAUGGUUCUAAGUUGUCCCUUACCUGAAGAGCAGAAUACUAGAGGUCGACGAAUAUAUCCUCCUGAAGAAUCAGCUAUUGGUUUUGGAAUAAUAACACUGAAAGAAAUCCCUAAAUUAUGCCCAUUUCCAAUUUAUACUAGAUCUGGAGAAGUUCAUGUAAAAUUGAAACUCAGUAAAAACAUUGUUAUUUUGAAUGAAACACAAAUAGAGAAAAUUGCGACUUUCCUUAAUUAUACUUUUACAAAUGUACUGCGAUUACAGCAAUAUUUAAUGCUAUUCGAUCCUAAUGCUUCUGAAAACUCAUAUAUGAUUGUACCUGUAAAAUUAGACACGGAUUCUGAUGUCACUGUGGACUGGGAGUUUUUAGAAUGUAUAUAUAAUAAUCGAACUACAGUGCCAACUAAGGUUCCCGAAGAGGAAAGAAAAGAUUUUAAAUUUGAUGCAUUAAAGUAUCAUGAUGCAGUAAUUAUGCCUUGGUAUAGGAAUCAGGACCAACCUCAGUAUUUUUAUGUUGCUGAAAUUUGUACAAAUUUAAAUCCCAAGUCUUCUUUUCCUGGCCACGAUUACAGUACUUUUGAAGAGUACUAUUUUAAGAAAUAUGGAAUACAAAUACAAAAUUUGGAUCAACCUUUGUUAGAUGUAGAUCAUACAUCAGCUAGAUUAAACUUUUUAACACCCAGAUAUGUUAAUCGGAAAGGCGUUGCUUUGCCCACAAGUAGCGAAGAAACGAAACGAGCAAAACGAGAAAAUUUAGAACAAAAGCAAAUUCUUGUUGCUGAAUUAUGUGCUAUUCAUCCUUUUCCAGCAUCAUUGUGGAGACAAGCAGUUUGUCUACCUUGUAUUUUAUAUAGAAUUAAUGCCUUGUUACUUGCUAAUCAAAUACGAUGUCAAGUUGCACAAAUGAUAAAUUUAGGACAAGAAAAUUUAGCUUCCGAUUUUGAAUGGCCAGCAUUAGAUUUUGGAUGGAGUUUAGCUGAAGUUUUAAAAAAAUCCAAAGAAUCUGAAAAAGCGAAAAUGGCUAAAAAUGAUACUACUCAACUAAAUUCAGCAAACAACACAAUAGACAACAAAUAUCAAAAUGAAUCUGAGAAAAAGAUAAAUAAUUUAAACAAGCUUGACAUGGAAGAUUUAAAUGAAAAAGAAUACGAAUUUCAAAUGGAAAAUGAUAAUAUGACAGAAAAAGAGCUAGAAAUAUCAAAUGACGAAGACGAAUUAGAAAUUGGCACUUGGUCGAAUGACAUGGCGAUGAAUACUAUUGAUUGCGAAACAAAUGACUUAAAGUCAUUUCCUGUGACUGUUUUACCAAAUAAUUUUAACUGGAGUGAUGUUCGAUACGGUUCCCCUGCGUGUGAAUCAGAUUAUGAUGGAUAUGUAUCGGAUGAUAUCUAUAGUGAUGGAUUUGUAGAUAGUUCAGAUGAGAGUGAAGAUGAAAACAGAGGCUUACGCAUUUCUUAUAUGGGAGAAAAUGUUGCAGAGGCUGUAGAGGACGAGAAACAGAUAUCUAAACAAGAAAUUAAUAAAAAGAUUUUGGAUUUAUUAGAGACUGAAAAAAAUUUAGAUACUUUAUGGUCAUAUACAGACGAGCAGGAAGAAUCUUUAAUAGCAAAACACAGACAAACUCACUAUGAAUUUACUAAAAUAAGGGAAUGUGAAAUAAUGAAAAAUGGAUCUUUCAUAUCCUGUGAUAAAGAGAUUGUAAUUAAAAGAAAGAAUUCAUUUAAUUCACAGCUUGAAGACAAUUCGUCAGAUCAUAAAUACAAAGUUCAUGUACAAAGUAUUGUUAACCUGUUUACCACAGAAGUAUUAGAUAAUUACAACACCUUGCAACUAAUAAAACAGAAAUCAAAUAAUUCCAAAUUCACAUAUCACCCGAGUAAUAACCUCUUUAGUUUUGAUUUUCAACCAGAAUUAGAAAAUCAUCCAGGACCAAGUCCCAGUUUAAUCUUGCAAGCUUUAACGAUGUCCAAUGCAAAUGACGGCAUUAAUUUAGAACGAUUAGAAACUAUUGGAGAUUCUUUUUUAAAAUAUGCUAUAACUACUUAUUUGUAUUGUACUUAUGAUAAUAUACACGAAGGGAAACUGAGUCAUUUAAGAUCCAAACAGGUGAGCAAUUUGAAUUUAUACAGACUAGGAAGACAAAAAAUGUUAGGCGAGAGUAUGAUAGCAACAAAAUUUGAACCCCAUGAUAACUGGUUACCACCUUGUUACUAUGUUCCAAAGGAACUUGAACAAGCACUAAUUGAAUCUGGUAUACCUUCUACCUUAUGGAACCAAGCCGACAUUCCAACUUUGCAAGCUGUAAAUCCAAACGAAAUCACUCAGCUUGUUAGAGAAACAGAACAAAAAUUGGGUAUCAUGAAAGAUGAACUCAUUCGGAAUGAAGCUAUGCUUUCAAACAGUCUGGAUAACUUGCGUUGUUUCAUACCGUACAAUUUGAUUACUCAACAUAGCAUUCCUGAUAAAAGUAUCGCAGAUUGUGUCGAGGCAUUAAUUGGAGCCUACUUGAUUGCCUGUGGUCCUAGAGGUGCAUUAUUGUUUAUGGCUUGGUUAGGGAUUCAUGUAUUACCUGUGGAGGAAGUUGGCAUUGUACAAGAAACUGAACCAGAAGAAAGAAUUCCUGGUAGUACGCCAUAUGUAAAAGGAACGAAUGAGAAGGGUGAAACAACGUGGGCACAGAUUCGUUACGGAAAAUUGGAAGAACCACAGAAUCCCUUACUUCGAUACAUCCCUGAUCCAGAACAAGAGUUGCAAAUGAUGCUCGAUGGAUAUGAAGAAUUAGAAAAAAGUAUAGGAUAUAAAUUUAACGAUAUUAGUUACUUGUUGCAAGCAUUUACUCAUGCAUCAUAUCAACCUAAUAAAUUGACAGACUGUUAUCAACGGUUAGAAUUUCUUGGAGAUGCAGUUUUAGAUUAUUUAAUAACAAGGCAUUUAUAUGAAGAUGCUCGACAACAUUCUCCAGGUGCUUUGACAGAUCUACGAUCAGCUUUAGUUAAUAAUACUAUAUUCGCUUCUCUAGCAGUUAGAUGUGGAUUUCACAAAUAUUUUCGACAUCUAUCUCCGGGCUUAAGCGUUGUUAUAAAUCGUUUUGUUAGAAUUCAGGAAGAAAACGGACAUUCCAUUAGUGAGGAGUAUUAUUUAAUUGGAGAAGAAAAAUGCGAAGAGGCAGAAGAUGUAGAAGUACCAAAGGCAUUGGGUGAUGUUUUUGAAUCACUAGCUGGUGCAAUUUAUUUAGACAGUGGAAUGUCUUUGGAUGCGGUAUGGAGUGUAUAUUAUGUCAUCAUGAAAAAUGAAAUUGAACAAUUCAGUACUAAUGUUCCUAAAUCUCCAAUUCGUGAAUUAUUGGAAUUAGAGCCCGAAACGGCUAAAUUUGGCAAGCCAGAAAAAUUGGCCGACGGACGUAGGGUUAGAGUUACAGUAGACGUUUUUGGCAAAGGAUCCUUCAAAGGAAUCGGAAGGAAUUACAGAAUCGCAAAAUGUACUGCAGCGAAAUGUGCUCUGAAGAAAUUAAAACAAAUGCAAAAUUAUCCGAGAGAUAAAGACCGCAUCUCAGAAUUGAAACACGAGAAAUCUCGUGAGCGGUUGUUUAAGUGUUAAUACAAACUACCAAUAAUUCUGUUGCUCAAAGUGGACUGUAUAAAAGCUGGUGAUGAUUCCUGUUUGAAGGACUUCGGUAUAUACGAUUCAAGACUCUUCCGUUCGAUUUUAGUUUGAAUGCUGGUAAUAUCUCAAUCAAGAAAAGGAAUCAAAGUAUACAUUAGCAUUUAUGAUGGAGUGCUGACUGUGCUGUAAAGUAGAUAAAGUCUGGGACAAUACUAAUGUACACUCGGGUGUAACAUUGGCUUCUCUUAGUUCAGGGUAAUUGUAUUUGCCUCUGGUCUUAGGAGAAUUGAACUUGGAACUUCCAGUCUUUGCACACAAAGAUGGAUAGUGGGACACUUCUUAAUUAAGAAAAGCCUAAGGUGCAAAUAACCAUAUGGCCUGAUUUUUCUGAACCUGAGAGCAGCAAAUUGCAAUAUACUUUAAAGAAUAAAUUAAUUAAUAAACCAAUUAUUAAAUACACAGAUUUUCGAAA